UGGUCGCCAGGAUCGAGACCGCGGCCUCACGCACGGACGGACAGACAGACAGCGCCCUUGGAGGUUUUGGCACAGAUCAUCUAUUCCUAAGAUAAUGGAUGCAAGUACUGAUUCGGUCAACGACCAAUUGACACAGUAUGCUAUCCAGCUGAGUAUUCAAGAGACCAUUGAAGCCAAUAAUAAUUCACCAUCUCAGUAUAAUGAAAGGUUUCUAUUACCCAGCCAAGAAAACAGACUAAUAGUGGAAGCAAUCAGGCAAGGAGAAGUCUUCGCUCUACAGCAAUUAAUUAAACAUAAAUUUGCUUUUGAUGAAGCAGAUGAAAGGGGUUGGUUUCCACUGCAUGAAGCUGCUGUUCAACCUAUUCAACAAGUGCUUGAAAUUGUUCUGGACUCAUCCUAUAAUACAAUUUGGCAACAGAGGACAGAGGAUGGGGAAACUCCACUUACUUUGGCUGCUACAGCUGGGAUAUUGGGAAAUGUGCAGGCUCUUUUGGAGAAGCGGAUCUGCCCCAAUGUCACUAACAACAGGGGAGAAACACCAUUGUUGAUUGCUGUGAGGAAGAAUUUGCUUGAGAUGGUAUCAGUGCUGCUACAACAUGGAGCACUUAUAAACCGGCCCUGUGUUAGAAGAUGGACAGCAAUGCAUGAAGCAGCCAGACAGGGGCAUGAUGACAUGGUGGCUCUACUGCUGAGGAACAAUGGAAGUGUUAAUCAAAAGGAUGGAUACGGAGUAACUCCUGUUGCCACUGCUGCUGCAUUUGGACACUGCAGUGUACUGGAGCAUCUAAUUCAUAAAGGAGGUGAUGUCCAUGUUCAAGCAGAUAAUGGAGCCUCGGUGUUAUUUGAAGCAGCUGAAGGUGGAAAUCCAGAUUGUAUCACUGUUCUGCUCGAGUAUGGGGCCAAUCCGAAUGAAGCAGAUAACUCAGGCCAUCUUCCAAUCCACAGCGCAGCACAGAAGGGGCAUUACCUGGCCUUGAAGCUUCUUAUUCUAGUUACUCGGAAAUCUGCAAUAAGGAGAAGUGGGAUAAGUCCAAUUCAUUCAGCUGCUGAAGGAGGCAGUGCCCAGUGCCUUGAAUUACUAAUUGAAAGUGGAUUUGAUGUUAAUGCACUUUUAGAUGAAGAAAUAUCUGAAAACUAUGACGACAAGCGGAGAACCGCCCUAUUUAUUGCCAUAUCUAAUAAUGAUGUUGCAUGUACUGAACUCCUGCUUAAAGGAGGUGCAUUACCAAACAGAGAUCCAUUGUCCUGUCUCCUUGUCGCAGUAAGAGCAGGGAAUCAUGAGCUGGUGAAUUUGCUUCUACACCAUGGUGCCAAUGUGAACAGCUACUUCCUACUGAUUAAUGACACUCAUUUUCCCACUGCUAUCCAGUAUGCUGUAAAUGAUGAAAUGAUGCUGAGACUCUUGCUCAAUAAUGGCUACAAUGUGCAGAUUUGUUUUGACUGCGUGCACUCUGAAAAUGUUGGAAGAUUUCUUCCCUGGCCUAUGGUUGAACCAAAGUCCUACAUCACCUCAUUUUGUGAGUUCAUCACCGUCUCCUGGUUAAGUCAUUUGGUCGGCAGGGUGGUGCGUGUACUAAUAGAUUACGUGGAUUACGUUCCCUUCUGCAUGAAAUUAAAGCCUGUUCUUGAGAAGCAAAAGGAGUGGCCUGAGAUCCGUGAUAUCAUGGAAAACCCUCGUUGUUUGAAGCAUUUGUGUUGACUAAAAAUACGCAAACAUGUGGGACAAAGACGACUGCAAAACCGAGCAUGUUUAGCAAUGCUUCCUCUGCCUCCAGUGCUGG